AUGGUGUUCUGCCGAUCUCACCUCAGUAUCCAGAUGGCGGCAGUUGCCGCGCAGCGCCUUUCUAUCCCGAGGCUAGCUGGCGAAAGCUGUCGCGGAGGAUUUUUUCGGACAUGCUGGCCCGACAACCAUGGCAGCGUUGGCAUGGUGAGCGCGACACGGUCAGCAUCAUCCUCGAGGGCCUGGCCCUCUCAAAGCGACGAGAAGAGCCAGGACGUCGAGGUCAAGGUGCCCGCCGGGGCGGUGGUGGGCGAUGUCACCAAAGAGGCAGGCAUGGAGGAGCUUCUCAGAGCGUCUCGUGGUGGAGGAGGCGGCCUGCGCAUCCACAAGAGAUGCCACGGCUGCGGCGCCUGGCUUCAUUCAAACGACCCCGAAGAGCACGGCUAUGUGCCCGAGGAGGCACGUGAGAAGUUUUCACUCACGGGCCGGAGGAAGGUUCGAGCAACUCCGAAGGGGGUGCCUGUGGAUGUGCUCCCGCAAGGGGUUGAGGUGAUGCGAGACACAUCGGUGAAGUACAAGGACAGGACACGCAUGUUGGUCUGUCAGCGAUGCUACCGAUUGCAGCACUAUCACAGGAUGGACACGUCUGUCAAGGGUGGCUUCUACCGCAUGGAAGGUGGGCGAGAUUGGGAGCAUGAGGCAGAGAUCGUGGAGAAGAUUGUCCGUCGAAUGCGCAAAGGCUCCAUAGUCCUCAUGGUUGUGGACCUGUUAGACUUCGAAAGUUCACUGGUGCCCGAGCUCUUUGAUGCUUGUCGUAACCGUCGGUUUCCUGUGAUCGUGGUCGUGAACAAAGUCGAUUGUCUUCUAGACAAGAUGCGGGACAAAGAGAAGGGCCUAGCACGGCUGAAAGUCUGGGUGCGACGCAUGUCGCGACAGAUCCGGAACGUUCACACGAACGAUGUGGUCCUGAUCAGCUCCAGUAGUGGCCACGGCUUCAAGCAACUCGAGGAGAGAUUGAGGCACCACCUCCUGCCAGAGGACCCCAAGUGGAUGUACGUGGUGGGCCGUGUGAAUUCGGGCAAGUCUACAUUUGUGAACCGCUUUUUGUGGUACAUCGGCUACAAGCAUCAGGGGGCAGUCCACUACAAGCGAGCAGUGGGUGGUGUCACUCGUUCCCCUGUGCCAGGGACGACGCUGCACUUCGUGUCUUUUGGCCUGCCGAAGGGAUUCAGGCUGGUCGACUGUCCUGGGAUUCCUUCACGUCACCAGGUCACCGCACAGCUUCAGGAGGCCAUGGAUCUCUACGCAGUGGUGCCUCGCAAGCGGAUAAACUCAAUUUCUUACGCUUUGCACACAGGUCGCUCCUUCCUGGCCGGUGCCCUGGUUCGCAUCGACCAGGUGCAGGGAAACAUCAGCUUUCUCUCGUCCUUCUUUGGCUUGAGCGUCACGCUCCACGUCUGCCAAACCUGUAAAGUGGAGGACCUGCUGAGCCGUAAAGCUGGAGACUUCUUCUACCCGCCUCACAGUCGUGACGAUUUCGAGCGGCUGGGUCCGCUGGUGCGUCACCGUGUGGAGGUUUUCGGCAGCAGUGACCGUGCCUGGGACGACAUUGUCAUCGCUGGCAUGGGCUGGGUGUCCAUUAGUGGCUACGGCACCAAAGUCCUUGACGUUUGGGUUCCCAAAGGAGUCAAAGUUUUCCGACGCCCGGCGCUGAUGCCGCAGGAGAUGCGCAGCCGGGGCAUAACCAGGUUUCACGUGAACCAUCGUGCAAGAAGCCCAAAAAUCUUCCGCAAGAAGAACGGCAUGGUCAAGGCGCGCCAAGACAAGGAGCUGCGUGACAAGCUGCGCGCCGAGCAGGCUGACAUCGAAGCUGAGCAGGCUGCCAUGGUGGAGGUUCCCGAUGACGUCGCCUUCGUUGACAGCGAGCUCGAGCUCCCACCAGGGUACUCCAUGGCAGAGCCCCUCCCGAAGACCGACCAAGCAAAGGAAGAUGCGUGA